AUGUUUGCACAGAAAACCACACCGGAUACAUCAGAAGAGGCUCUUCAUAGGCUCAUGGAAAAUGCAGUGGUCAAAGGAACUAUUGUGGAAGUUCUUAUGCCAAAUCCGGGCAACACUGCAGAUCCGUUCAAGGGUGAAAUGGGAAAGAAAAAGAACCAUUGGGUUUUCCGCUUCACAAUCAGCAAAGGGUAA